UCUUUAAAUGUAGGCUUCAUCUGACGUAGGCUUUACGCCUCUCUCUGGCUCCCCGUGGACACGAAACAAUUGGCGUUUUAAUCCAGCUAUCUGUGCCUCCGGCUGCCCCGUAACGCAUGCAACAUGCACAGCGCGCAUUACCUCAUCAGCGGCCGUUCUGUCACUCAUCACUGCAGCUGAACUUUCUCUCAUUUCAAGAGCGAGACAUGUGCACAUUACCCUAACGUCCUUGCGCUGCGCAUCUCGAGCUAAAUAUGCUAAAGCGAGUACUCACUAGUCUACUACCGGCAAAGAAGCAGCAGGAUGCACUCAAGAUGCCUCGCUCGAGACUGUCUUCCUUUGCCCUCUGCUAUUUUUGAUGCUCCGAACACUGUAUAGCCACCCGAGGGGCUCACACUACAGUCAACCUCUGUUGUGAUCCUGUGCUCGUUUGCGUGGAUUGACGAGGGACCCACACCAACUCAAGUCAAUGAGGAUUCUGAGGCUCUUCCUGAAGAAAGGAGCGCAUAUGCUGCAGUGUCUCUGUGGACAACGAUCGGAGCCGACCACAACCACCAGCGAGCCGCAGCUGAAAGGCAUUGUGACACGACUGUUCAGCCAGCAGGGUUUUUACCUGCAGAUGCAGCCAGACGGAACCAUCGAUGGCACCAAGGAUGAGAACAGCGACAACACUCUUUUCAACCUCAUCCCUGUCGGCUUAAGAGUGGUGGCCAUUCAGGGAGUCAAAGGAGGUUUCUACAUCGGCAUGAAUGGCGAGGGCUUCCUCUACAGCUCAGAGAUGUUCACACCUGAGUGUAAAUUCAAGGAGUCUGUGUUUGAGAACUACUACGUUAUCUACUCAUCCACCGUGUACCGCCAACAGGAGUCGGGGCGAGCCUGGUUCCUGGGCCUCACCAAGGAGGGUCAGGUCAUGAAAGGGAAUCGAGUAAAGAAAACCAAGCCCUCCUCACACUUUGUACCAAGACCCAUUGAAGUUUGCAUGUAUAGAGAGCCUUCACUGCAUGAGAUUGAAGAGAAGCAACGCUCCAGGAAAAGCUCAGGAACCCCAACGAUGAACGGAGGCAAAGCGGUCAACCAGGACUCCACAUAGCAGGGCUUAAACACAGGAGGCAGAGCAGCCCCUCGCCCUCGCCCUCGCCUCCAACCACGGGAAUCUGCAACCAGAAGACCAACUGAACUCUUGCCUGAGAAAAUUUCCAGAAGAACACAGAGGGGGAAAAAAAGAGAAAUAAAUGUUACCGUUCCAAUCAGGAGUUGAACUCACAUUUUAUGCAAAAAAAGAAAAAGAAAAAAGUGGGCAGUCAUUUGGUUCACAACAAUAGUAAUAUUUUUUGUUUGGGGUUUAUGCUGUGAGAAAUGAGCUUUAAAACGUUCUCAUGUGUUUCGUUUUCAUGUGAAUGCUCUUCAUGCUUUACUUUCAUCAAGAAAAAUGGGAACUUUUCUCUCUUUGCUCAAUGCUCAUUGCUAUUGAUUCUGUUUGUGGAUAUUAUGCAGGUUUGAGCAAGUUUUUCUACUUUCUUUUAUUUCUUUUUUCUUUUUCUUUUUUAAUUACCCGAGAGGCGAAUGCACUUUGUGACUCCAGAUUGCUGGAAUGUCAGGAGGGUGAAUGUAGAAUG